GUUCGCCAGUUACUCGUCGGCUGCCGCGGCGCGAGGACGUCUUGUAAUGCGCGGCGAUAUUUGACGCGAUAUGGCCACAGCUGCGACUAGCAACAUCGUCAUCGAGUGGUUGCGAUCGCUCCACUUGGGCCAAUACGCCGAAAGUUUUAUCGAUAACGGUUACGAUGACUUAGAAAUAUGCAAACAGGUUGGAGAACCCGAUCUCGAUGCUAUCGGGGUCUUGAACCCAGCACAUCGCCAGAGACUUCUCCACUCGGUGCGAACACUGAGAGAGGAAGGCGCCGCGGCUGUUUACUUCACAUUAGAGGAAGCUGCCGCUGUGCGCGACUCUUGUAGGUGUGAAGAAGAAGUUCGUAAAGAACAAGCAGUUGCCACCAUCGAGCCUGCCAAAUAUGCGGAUGAAUACGAGGAGGGGAAGGCUGAACUUGUGAAAAUUCCACGCAUACAGCUAAAACGGCUCCUUCGAGAACGUCUAGCUCAGGAUGGAAUCCGCUUGAGUCUUCAGCCCUACUCAACCACGGAUGGCGACAGGGGCUAUCUAGAAGGUUUGGCCUCGAGAUACGCCGACCUAUUUUCAACACACUACGGCGACGUUCUCGACCAUUUAGAAGAACUCCGGAGGCAUGAGUGGGAGGAGAUGUCACCUCGUAUGAGGGUCAUAGGACCCAACACACCGCCGACGCCGCCUUCAGCAAGCCCUGGCUCUUUAGCUCUGAACAACCUAACUACGUCACAUUCACAACCUAUCUAUGUGCCUGGAAAGUAUUCACCUUCAAGUUGCCUUACGGAUAAAGAGGAAGACGACAUCUACGGGUUUGGUUACGGAGUGUUCGGGAAACAGAUGCUGCAGCGGCAGCAACAGCAGAAGCAGUUGUUGUUGGCACAAUCAUCGCAGCCGCUCAUCCACAAUCAACAACAUAACUAUCAAAGUUGCCUCAGUCCGCGCUCCGCUUACUUCUACGAAUUCCCUCCAAGUGAUAACUGCCUCGGCACGGCCAAAAAAAAGGUGACGACUUUCUCAAGGCUACUUCGCGGUUUAAAAUCACAUAGAAAAGAGAAACACGGCUCAUGUUCGCCGAAGCACAACACUCGGCAGACAUUGCCCCCUCAAAGGGUGGAUACACCAGACAGCGUGCUACAAAGUGGGCUAGGUCUAGAAGCAGGUUCAGACACAGUUCUGAGGUCUAUGGUAGAUCCAAGAGACUAUGACCGCCUCCGCUUCUUUCAAAUGAGUGCCGCCCAUCCAAACACCUUCGAAGAAACGAUUCAUAGGUUAAAAGUUCAAGAGGCGAUGAAGAAAAAGGACAAAUUGGCGAGAGAACAGGAGGAGAUAUUAAGAGACAUCCGACAUGGCCUAAUGAACAUGGGGCGAGAAGGCGUAAGGGGACCUUUUGGAGACGACACCUAUAUGUACGAUGAUGAGGCAAGAGGACUCUCAGGUCGAGGACAUUGGUAUGAUGAACCUCCCUAUGAAAGCGACCCAGAAGAUUUUCUUAUGGGAGGAAAUGUUCCGGCUGCGACGAUCCAGAACGGACGUGUUUGUUUUACACUUAAUCUGCGAAACGAGCCGAGAGGCGAGGGCGUGAUAUCACUGAGAAGCGCUGGCGAUAUAAGCUUAGCGAGAACUCCGCGAAGAGGAUUAAUAAUUCCACAAAGCGGCCCCUACCCUACGACUGUGAUACCCCUUCGAACGUCGAGAGACAGGGAAAGCGGGGAUUACGCCGCGUCUGAUAUACAAUCUAUAGGAUCAAGACUCUCUGGAAUAUCAUUAGAAUCAUGUAGAUCUGAACGGGACUCACGGAGAGGUUACAGGCAAAUGUCAGGCUAUCGGAUAGGAAUAGAUCCGUUAUCGCCCGCCUCAUCAGAUUACGAAGAUCAAGAGAGCGAAACUGACUCACAACACAUAGCCACCGUGCACAAGUCAGCUGAAGAAUGUGAAGGUGUAUCAAAUUUAGCUGGAAAGGUUCGGGGUCUACGACAAGAUGUUCAAAGAAAAAUUUCUAGGUUACGACAAGAAAGAGGUCCUGAAGGAUCGGAUAUGCGAACCAUUGGAGAUAAUGCGUUUCCAUGUUCUAAUAGUAGUUUUGAAAGUCUUCCCAGCGGCUCUGGCAGUAGCACUCAGGCAUUGGUUCGAGCUGGUAGUAAUCAUUCAUCUCUCUCGGCAGAAGAAAACAUAGAAUUAAGUCCAGCCGGGCGAAGUUUACUGGUACCGCAAAUGCUGUGCAGAGCACGAGCCCUCGUUGACUAUUUGCCGAAUAUCUACGAAAAAGAUGCAUUAAGAUACAAGAAAGGAGACAUAAUAGAAGUUAUCAACAUGAACGCAUCCGGGAUUUGGAGAGGUGUUCUGAACAACAAAGUUGGAAAUUUUAAAUUUGCCAAUGUCGAAGUCCUUUCAGAAAGAGACACAAAUAGAUGUAGGACACUAAAAUGGUGUAAAAGUCGGGAAAGACUAUGGGAAACCAGACCAAGAACUGUUGAAGAAUUGUUAAGAAGAAUUGAUUUACCAGAAUAUGCUAUUGCUUUCGAAAGGAAUGGCUAUGAAGAUAUUGAACUUUUCAAAGAAAUUGAGCCUUCAGAUUUAGAUUAUUUGGGAAUCAUGACUCCAGAUCAUCGGACUCGUAUCCUUGCUGCUGUACAACUGCUACACCAACUCGAAUGUAAGAUUUCGAUUGAUGAUGAAUUGCUUGGUGGCGAAGGCGAUGGCGAGGGUGAAGGUGGAGGUUCAAGUUCAGAAGGUGGCGACUCUACAUUUGAUCGCCGACAGUUUCCCCGCGACUCUGGCUGUUAUGAAGCCAGCGUCGGUGUCGGAGGAGUCCGUGUUCGUACAUCACCCCUUGUCCAUAGAACGGAAGAACCUUCUCAUAGACCACCAGAACCGGCUCCGCAAGCAAAGCGUUCAAUUCGACGACGACAGCCUGAUGACGCGGAGUGUGAUAGAAUUGAACGAUACCCUGGCACUGUUAGUGAGAAAGUUGUAACACGUGCUGGUGGAUUACCUGGAGGCGCAAGAGAUGAUAUUUGUGAAUCAGAUCAUAAAUUGAAUGUUGUGAAGUUUGUCGCUGGCGGAGAACCGUGUGCGUCCGAGAAGAGCAGUGACUCUGGAGUCAGUAGCUCUUCGCUCAGUUCGGCACACCCUCACCGUCCCUGAGCGCGGUUCGCCGCGCCCGCGCCAUCAUAGGCCAUGGCGCGGUCGCGAGCGCAAACCGCGCUUCCGCCCGCGAAUACCCCUCAUACCGACAUUGAAGCAGCUAAAAACGAAAAUUCUCAAUAAUAAGAUGAAUAUUUCAACAAAGUUUUUUAAUAAAUUUUGCGUUAAUCGCUAUGAAUCUUUACCAUAGGAAAUUCAAUUAGGAUGCUCAGAUCAGCCAUUUUAUAUUCAAAAAUACAUUCUUUCGUUUAACAAUCAAAAUAUUGCUUACGUUUGUUAUUAUAAUAUCAUAAUAAGACUGACAUUUUAAUCUGGUCUGUUUUAAAAUAUCAAUAAUUAUAAUUUCUUACUUGUAUUUUCUUGUGUCGAUUUACUCAAAAUAUCUGUUAACCUAAAAGUCUGAUAAUAACAUAACCGUUGACUGAAUAAUUAAGAAUAUUGUUUCGCUCGUUUGUUACUUAAAGGAUCAUUCCGUUACUGGAUUUAAAGGCAUAAGUACUAUGCCAGUAUUUAGUCUUACUUUUUUAACAAUUACAUUUUUAAUAUGUUAUUCUACUGAGUUUAUUAUUUUAUUAAGUUCUCUUAUAACAUGUUCUGCGUUCAUAUUUCCCUGAAGUACUAUGGCCUAUAAGACUUCAACACUUUGAACUGAGGUUAAUCUUUCUGACUUUAGUAGAAACUGCAAUAAGCCUUGCAUGUGGGGCGUUUUAAGCGCACCUUUUAAUAGCAAUAAUUGUAAAUAUUUUGAUAGAUAGGUUAAUUAUUAUAUGUUGAGACUUUUUGUAAUUUUUUAAGAGAGCUUUAUGCGGUUCGCCGCUUGUAAAUACGUGGUUAGUACGUAGGUUAUUUUGUGUGAAAUUAAAAAUUUCGCCCAUUUCUUCCUCCGAUGGAUCUUUAUCCUUUUCCCCCUUAGAAAUUUGUUACGGUGUUAUAAAUUAUAUGUGUGUCCAAAAUUUGCUGUUGUCCAUUUUUUUCUUCAUUACAUACCAACCUUUUCACUUAAUCUUUAGAUGCAUAUUUACAUGUUUAUAGAAUAUUAGUAAUUUAUAUAAAGUCAGCCAAAGGCAUAUGAGCAUAAUUAAUAAUAUGUGUUAUUCGAAAAUAAAGAUUUCUUAAAUGUGCUUAAUGUAACAGUGAUAAUUUUUUUUUUUUUUUAUUUUCUAACAAAUGGACAGCACUUGGAUAAAUUCAAUUAAUAUAAUUUCGAUUUAAAUCAUGUACUAGUCUAUUUAAAAAAAAUGUAAAUAUAUAGAUGUUUGUUACCUGUAUAUUGUAGAUAGAAUAUAUUUUCCUUUGACAUUUAUUGUAUAUUUAAUUUUAAUUAUUAAAAUUAAUGUCGAUAUUUUUAUUUUUAUGUUUUAAUCGCUCACGUAGACAUUGCAUUAAUUAGCAAUUUAAAUUGUUAUAAGAUUAAUUUAAUUUUUAAUGAUACAUUUAUUUUCCCUUGUGGUUUUAGCAUUAAUUUGCAGUACUGUAACUUUUUUUUAGCAAUAUUUAUAUUUUUUUAACCAACCUGUAAGUUUAAAAUUCUACAAACAAUGAAUUCUAAAUAAAUACAUCCAGAAUACUA